AUGGGCAACAAAAAUGAUAAGUUAGAAAAAUCAAGAUUACACGACAUAAAUAAUAAUUUAUUAAAUACAGAUAUCUAUGAUACAAGUUGGAUUGAAGCAUUUGAAAAAUCGUUUAGUUUUGUUUGGUGUGAUGCAUCAAUUGGUACACAAAAUACUGUCGAUGAUGAUAAAAAUACUAUAACGCAAUUAGCACGCAUUAUAAAUCAAAAUCGACAACUUGUACAUACAUUUAAUGAAUUAGAUGCUUGUCGAGAAUUUAUUACACAUGUUGAUAAUGUAUGUCUGAUUAUAUCAGGUACAAUGGGUGAAGAACUUGUACCAUUAAUUCAUAAUCUUGAACAAAUACAUUCUAUAUAUAUAUUUUGUUUCAAUAGAGAAAAACAUCUUUUAUGGUCAUCACCUUAUCGAAAAGUACGAGGAGUAUUUAAUAAUAUAAAUGAUAUAUGUGAAUCAUUAAAAUCUUAUGUUAGUACACAAUCAUUACUUGAAUAUGAUCGAUUACAAUUUGAUGUUAUUAGUAAUGAAAUAAAUUCAUUAACCACAAAUGAAGAUCAACUACGUUUAAUCUAUUCGAAAUUAAAUAGAAUUAUUUUAUUUAAUAUGGAUUCAUCUGAUCAUGGUAAACAACAUAUGAUUAAUUAUUGUCGAGAUCAAUAUAAAACUGAAAAUCAAAUAGAAUUAAUAAAUGAUUUUGAACAAAAUUAUUCUAAACAUAGUCCUAUAUGGUGGUAUACAAAAAAUUAUUUUUUUCAAGGUAUUAUUAAUCGUGCACUACGUACACAUGAUUUAUAUGCAUUAUGUUCAAUGCAUCGAUAUAUAAAAGAUUUAGAUUUAAAAGUUUUACAAGUAAAUGAAAGUAAACAAACAACAACAACAACAACUAGUUCAUUAAAUCUUUAUUUUGGUCAAUUUUUAUUAAAAUCUGAUUUUGAUGAAAUAAAACAAAAUGUUGGUGGAUUAAUGUGUAUUAAUCAAUGUGUAUCUGCAAAUUCUGAAUUAAGUAUUGCUCUUAUGUAUAUUGAACAACAACAAAAAUUAAUAUCAAAUACUAAUAUAAUUCGUGUAAUUUUUCAAAUACAUAUUGAUCGUACAAAAGAAUCUAUUGUUUCAUAUGCUAAUACCGGUUUUGUAAGUCAAUUUGUUCAUGAAAAAGAAUAUCUUAUAUCAAUGUUAAGUGUAUAUCGUAUUAAUAAAAUUGAAAAACUUCUUGGUGUAUCAUCAGCAUGGUUAAUACAAAUAACAUUAAUUGAUAAAAAUGAUAAACAAUAUAAUAAUUUAACACAAUGUAUAAAUGAAUAUAGAUUAGAAAAAAUGAAUUUAACAGAAAUUGGUUAUACAAUUUGGAAUCGUUUAAAUCUAUUUAAAUCAACUAAUAAAUUAUUUAAACAAGUAUUAUAUAAUAAUCCACAAGAACUUCGAGAAAUUAUUUUACAUUAUAAUAUGGGUAUUAUUUAUGAUAGUUUAUGUCAAUAUGAAAAAUCAUUAAAUGAAUAUCGAAAAGUAUUACAUAUUGCACGAGAAUAUAUACCAAGUUGUUAUCAAAAAGAUGAUUUAUGUUUAGUAUCAUUAUUUUCAAAUAUGGCAGCAGUUUUUGAACAACAAAAUCAUUUUAGUGAUGCAUUUACACAUGCAUUUCGUGCAUUAGAAAUUGUUCUUAGGAUUCAAGAUGAUUCAAUAUUAAAAAAAGAACUUGAAAGUUCAUGUUAUUAUAAUCUUGGUUUAAUACAUGAUCAAGAAGAAAAAUUAUCUGAAGCAAAAAAUUUUUAUGAACAAGCAUUAAGAAUUCGACAAGAAUAUUUACCAUUAGCCCAUUUAGAUGUAACUAUUUUACAAAAACUUAUUACUUCACUUACAGAAAAUCGAAAUACUUCAUUUUAA